UGUUGCCCUUCAAUGUAUGAACCUCUCCAUUUUAAAAAACAACAGCUCUUCACCGUUUUGAUUUCCUUUCUUCGUUGUCUCUUUUACUUUGUUUUUCUAAUCAGGAUAAAUUCAUGAGAUAAGAAAAAAAAUGGCAUCUAGAGUAAAUACCAGUUUCACUUUGAUUCCCAACCAGAAAUACAGACGUCGUAAUCAUCGAUCCAACCGUUUUUCCAACAUUCUUGACCCAGAUUCUCAGCCCUUAUCAACGCUUGGAAAUUUUAAAGCCUUGCCAUUGGAAAUAUUCCAAAUAAUCUUAAGAUGUUUGUCAGUGAAGGAUAUCAGCGUGCUAAGCAUGGUGUCCAAAACAGUCAGCCAGCACAUUAUUAGUUAUAUCUCAACCUCAUCAGGAAGCAAAAGACUUUUACUACAGGACUUUCAUAACCUUGAGCUGCCUGACAGGAGACAAAACUCCACUAUAUUGGAACACUACAGAUCUCUAGGUCUACUGUUUAAAAGAUGUACAUUGCUGCUACCCACAAAGGAAAGACUGAAGUACAUUCACAAGAUACUCGCAGAAGUUUCCUGUUUUAAAUUUAACGGCUGUGUAACUCCAUUGCAAUGUUUAGGAUUACCAUGUUACGGCAUGUUUUUACAGACCUUAACAGCAGGAUGGGAUGAACUUGAGUGCCAUCGUGUUUAUAACUUCUUAUGUGAGCUGACUAAUCUCUCCCGCAACAUGCAGACAGUUGUCUGCAGCAAACCAGGAAUUGCCACAAAACUGGAGUUAUGGAUCAGACUGUUCUGUAGGAACGUUUUUCUUGAUCCUUGGACCCGUCGAAGUGAUUCUGCAUUUUGGUUGACGUGCAUAUUAAAACCAUGGCCAAUGGUGAAUCAGGCAAGAUUACUGUAUAUCAUCUUCGGACCAGUAGCUCCUCAAGAUGGACAGGUGGUUUGGCAGAAAAUGAUAGAAGGACCUGCAGAUGAACCCAGUCUGAAAGGUUUGGCUGAUGCCAUUAAAUUACUGUAUGAUACAGGCACCAAAGAAUGGACAGCAGAUGAUGUUAUCAGUCUUGUAGAUGAACUAUCAGUGGUUCCCCGUGAGUGGCUUCUAGAGAAUAAUGCACAUCUCCUAAUCCUAAGUGGGAACAGCGUCUGUUUCACUUUCAUGGCUAGUAAAGCUAUGAAUGGACGGGCCAUUGAACUGGCAAGGCUGAUAGUCUUUUUGGCUUUGGUAUGUGAGAAAGAACUAUACUGCAUGGAUUGGGCAGUUAAAAUGAUGCAAAAAGUCUGUAAAGUCUUUAGCACUCCAGUGGAAAGAAAUAACUUCCUCCAGAGUGUGGCAAAUGCAUUUGCGUAUGUGAUAAUGGAAAUGCUACAAUCAGUUCUGUCUGGUGAGUAUGCAUACCAUGAUGAAGACAACAGAAGCUUUCUGAAUUUGUUCCAUCUUGUGCAUGCUCAGGCUAACUUCCAUAAGGAGGUCCUGUGUUUGACCAUGAAUACUCUCUCUACCUAAAUACUCAGAAAGCCUUGCAUUCAGAAAAUAACUCAGUGAACUAACUAUUAGAAGAGUGCUAAUUUUCCACAC